AUGACGGCAAGUGCAAACAGGGUGUCGACGUACACCUCGGCCUCGGCGGGGUCCGACGGGCGCAAUGGCGAGAAGAAGGACCUCUGGAGCUCCAUGCUCGACAACGUCGCCAGCGGCAAGCGGUUACCGGAGAAGAACAUGAUCGUGCUCGGCGGCACGCCCGACUCGCAGCGGGAGUUUAUCGAGUCGCUGUCGCACAGCAGCGAGAAGCGGACCCUGGACCGCCAGAGCUCCAAGACACCGCCUGUCGCAAACAGCUUCGCUCUGGGUUACACUUACUACGACGUUCUGGAUGCCGACCAAGAAGACAUCCUGGCGAGAAUCUCCCUCUACAUGCUGUCGACGCCGUCAGAAGCUUUCCCGAAACUCAUCCAGCCGCUAAUCACCCCCGAGACGAUACCGAAUACCCUAAUGGUCGUUCUCCUGGACUGGUCUACACCACACAUGUGGAUGCGGCAACUAAGGGAAUGGAUCCUGUUUAUGCGAAGCAUUCUUGAGAACUCGAGCCACGAGUGCCAAGCGGCAAUGGAGGAGCUUAUGGUCAGCUGGAGGGACAGGGGCAGAGGCGGCGGCUCGACCAAUCUCGAUGGCACAGGGGCGACGACCAGCGAAGGCGACGUCGCGUUGCCCCUCGGCCCUGGCGAGUGGGAGGAGGGUAUCGGACUGCCGCUGUGUGUAGUCUGCCAAAAUGCAGAAAAGAUGGAGCAGCUGGAAAAGACACAAGGUUGGAAGGAGGGAGACUUUGAUCAAGUCCUUCAAUACCUCCGAACAGCUUUACUAAGACACGGCGCAUCCCUCAUCUACACCACUCCGAACGUCCCCUCUUCGAUAUCGAGCCUCGUACACUCCAGCCUAGGCAUCACCUCUCUCCUAAAACGCCAGCCGCUCAAGCACAACGUGAUCGACAGGGAUAAGAUCCUCGUGCCCCCGAACUGGGACUCCUGGGGCAAGAUUCGCGUCCUGCGCGAUGGCUUCGACGUCGAGACCACGAGCCAAGGCUGGUCGCACGACCUGCAAUCCACCUUCCCCUCCCCACCCAUGACCACCGAGGGCCUCGAAAUCAUAACCAAGGCCAAGGCGGAAGGCGACUACAACGGCGAGGUGUGGUCAUCCGCCGUCGCUCCCUACGAAGACUGGAUCCGCGAUCUCAGCAGCGCAGGCAGCGCCAUCUCCUUCGCGGGCCGCGACGCCGACCCCUCGCAGCUGGAAAUGUCGUCGACAGACACGCAGGAGUUUCUGGGUUCCAGUCUGCAGACGCUGGAGCAGUACCGCAGCAGGAGCGCCGAGGACAAGAAGGCGGACGCAAACAAGUCAAGAACGGGCCAGCAGCGCGCGGACGAGCCGGACCUCGGCGCCACGUUGCGCCAGGGCGACGGCAAGGUCAGCCAGCACAUCGGACCUGUGCAGUUCAACAUGGGAGGCAUCCAGGUGGAUGCCGACGACAUGGUGCAGCGGCUUAAGGACCGUCAGGCAUACAGCUCCGCACAGGAACCGACCACGCCGCCGGCCGACACCGCGAACGAGAACCCCGACGACAUGGACAACGACAAGCUGGAGGCGUUCUUUAGCGGUCUGAUGAACCGCAAGCAACCUGCGAACGGCUCCUGA